AUGCUAAAAGCUGCAUUGUCUGGAGGAUAUGUUAAUUUUGGCGUGUUUAAUUUAUAUGGUGACGAAGCUCUCAAUAAUUCACUCAAUAUGUUUGUCAAGCUUGCCUACUCCAUACCACGUAAAGACAUCUUGGUAAGCCAGAUGAUGACAUAAUGAAUUAUUUUUGGAAAACACGUAAGACUAUCUUAUAUAUGAUAUCAACUUCCAGUGCCAGUGUAUGUAGCGACGAUAACAGAUGCGCAUGUGCGGCAGUCAAAGUCACCCUAGGAAGUAAUAAGCCUUCCACUCGGGCACAUUUGACCUGCAUCCUUCGCAAAACAGCUCUCAGUUGCAAGAAAGGAUAAUUAUCAGCCCCCUAUACCUUUAUCUUUCAAGGCAUGUAGCGUGUUAUCACAUUGUUUUAGUAUUGCUUUUGUUCAUGCACGAUAUUCAUGUCUUUUAUGUAGGAUUAUCCAAAGUUAAGUCACGCGUAUUAUAAUUUAGUAGAAGUUGUCACGCAAGACCACAUGAGUUUUGUCGGCAACCUCGAACCAAAUGUAAGUUAAAAAAAAGUUUGUUCAAUCAAUUCCUAUACUAUUUUGAAAAAUAGUUUAGAAACUGUAAAUUUAGAAACUUGACGUUCCACUAACUCCUGUUCUGUAACUUGUACUGAAAGCCACCAAAGGCUAAAGGUUCAUCAUAUUGAUUAUUUUUCUGCAGAUUUUUUUGUAUGUAUUAUCGUCAAUAUCAGAUGGUCUGGUUGCCUUAGGUAUGUUCCUUCAUAUAGGUUAUAACUAUAUGUCAGUCAGUGUAUUCCUUAGUAUAGUAAUUAGUUACAUUAGUCAUGCACACACUGUUAAGUAAGGUCUCAACAUUCUCAUUCCAAUGUAUUUUUCCCCAUUUUCAGAUUCAAUGGUCUCAACAAGUUGUUGUGCAACACUGGAUAACAUUGUAUCAUAUAUAUUUAAAAUUUUAUCAAAGCGAAACAAGCAUGUAUCACAGGGUACGGCAACAGAGGAAUUUUCGUGUCUGACUACACUGGAACUUAACCCGGAGGUUCUACGACAGGUACUACGUCUUGUUUUGAUAUUUAGCUCGUCAAGUUUUCACAACACUAAACUUAUUUUGCAUUGUAAUCUUAAAUCUUUCAGUUACUGUCCACUGUUCUCAACAUUAUAAUGUUCGAAGAUUGUAAAAAUCAGGUAACUGUAUUUCGAUCAAUUAAGAAUCUUAUAUUUUUUAUUGGUAGUACUCGUAACUCGUUAAUUUUCUUUAUUUUCUCAGUGGUCGAUGUCAAGGCCUCUUCUUGGUUUGAUUUUAUUAAAUGAAAAGGUAGAUAAUAAGGGGUUUCAUACAUGACUAAAGGCCAUGUUACACGGUGCAAUUUUUCUUGCAACUUGCAAUGCAAUUCUACUCUUGAGAGAUGUAUAAAAUUGCCAAAUACGAGUAUUCAUUACACUCCGCUGAUGUUUUCUCAACAUAUCGAAAAUUCUUCACUGAUUUCACUGAUUAGCAUCUCUCAAGAGUUGAAUUGCAUUGGAAGUUGCAAGAAAAAUUGCACCGUGUAACAUGGCCUUGAGAUUAUUGCAUACUGUUAAGGUCUUUCAAAUGACGAAUCAGUUCAACAUCUUUACAUUCUAAAACAAUUUAGAUGAUGCAACUCUUUCUUUUCAUUAAACAGUACUUUACUGAGUUGGAGCAAAAUCUCGUGGCUUCACAACCUAUCAAUAAACAACAACCCAUGGUUGAAUGUUUCAAAGCUCUUAUGCAAAAUGUGGAAAGAUCUCUUAACGGGAAAAACAGAGACAGGUACGGUUAUUCCACGCGGAGGCUUAUUUGAGAGGGGGACGUAAUUGAAUAUUUACGAUAAUGAUCAUGCAUUACUGAAUAAUAUAAAGCAAAGACGGUAUUAAAGUCCUGACGAAAGACAAGUAUUUUUCGUCUUUCUAUAUAAGGUAGUUCAGACACCAACUACAGCAGCUUGUUGUAGAAUAGUAUAUACGCAGAUGUGGCUGUCUUGUAUUUAGAUUUGCUUCAACCCCCAAAGUGCCAAUAGUUGAGGAGGUUGCCACCACCGCUUACACCAUGCACUUGUAUCAUAUACUGCACUUACUAAGUAACUCUCUCUGUAUUUAUUUUUACAGAUUUACCCAAAACCUCUCAGUAUUUCGCCGUGAUAUCACAAACCUAUCAAAAAAUCCGAGCGAGAACCCCGUCAACACAGAUAUGAUGAAUUAG